AUGAAGCGGCAAUGGGGCAACCUUGUUUGCGGCGCACCGUUCAUUUCGGCGAAGAUUUUGCAGCAGCUUCUCACGUCACACAGCAAGUUUCAGAUCAGUUAUAAGCAGGCGUGGCGGUUGCGUGAGGCGAUACAGAAGGAGAUGUACGGGGACUGGCAGGAGUCGUUUAGGUUGCUCCCGGCGUUGGCUGCACAGUUCUGGGAGAUAGAUCCAGAUGGAAACUUCGCCAUUCAGACAGUCGAUGGCUGUUUCAACCGGAUGUACAUUCAGCCGUCCGCUUCCCGCGGUGCCCUUGGUUUUUGUCGCCCCGUUGUUGCACUGGACGGGACCUUCCUAAUCAGUGCACAACGCGCAACCCUGCUCAUUGCCGUGGUCCUCGACGGUAACCAGAAGAUUCUGAUGCUGGCGUGGGCUCUGGUCGAAGGAGAGAACAAGGAUUCGUGGACCUGGUUCCUGCAACAUUUUUUGGGGAGCUUCUUGGAGUGGCUGCACCGUCAAGAUGCAUCCAUCAUUAGCGAUCGCGACAAGGGCCUGAUUCCUGCUGCACGAGAUGUACUGAUUCACUACUUUUGUGCGUGGCAUCUCCAUCAGAAUGUGGUGAAGUUUGGUGAAGCUGCUGCUCUUUUCUUUUGGCGUCUUGUGAAGUGCAGGGACCCCGACAAAUGGGACGCCUUGGUGGCAGCAUGCCGCCGUGACUUUGAACCAAUGGCGAACUAUCUCCUCGGCAUCGAAAAGCCGAGCUCGGGGCCCUCACCUGCAGACGCUAGUGAGCAGCAACUCCCGCUCCCACCACAGCAGCAGAAGCACGUCAACAAGUAG